AUGGCUGACGUGGUUUCUUCUACCGUACUGACAGAUAGCCAUAACAGAUCGGAUUUGUGUGGCGGUGAUAGUGGCUACGAAAGUCAACCUCACGCGAACGGCAGUUAUGAGAUGGAUGUUGAUGAGCCAAGGGAUGUCAAACAAGAGCCGUCGCUGGGAUCCUUUGAAGCUGCUUUAGCUGCUGCUGCAGCUGGAGCAACGCAUCGAAAAAAGGAGAAUGCGCCACCGCCGAAGAAGGUGAAGGAGGAGUACUCGGAUGACGAUGAUAUUCCGUGGGCGGAGCGUAUGGCCAAAGAGAAAAGCGGAAAAUCUGCUGAGAAAAAGAAAGAAAAGAAGAGAAAGGCAAGCAGUGACAGCGAGGACGAGUAUAAGCCAGAGGUUUUCGAAGAAGAUGAUAUCCCAUGGGCCGAAAGAAUCAGAAGAGAGUCGUCAUCACAUUCGACAAAGAAAAAGUCCAAGGUUGAAGUCGAUUCAGACUAUGAAGAAGUGAAUGUGAAGAAAGAGAAAAGGAAGAAGAAAGAUUAUAGUGAUAGUGAAGACGAUUAUGCGGUUUCUAGCAGCGAUAAGAAGAAAAAGAAGAAGGAAAAGGAAACCAAGGACAAGAAGACUCCAACAUCUUCAAGGAAAACAAAGAAGGAAGUGAAAAAGGAAGCAGGCGAUGCGCCAAAGAAAAAGAAGAAGCAAGAGGAAGAGGAAGAAAUUUGGGAGUGGUGGAAGGAAGAGAAAAAGCCAGCCGGUGUGAAGUGGAAUAGUCUACAUCACAAAGGACCACUUUUUGCUCCUGCUUAUGUUCGAUUGCCAGAACACGUGAAGUUCAAGUAUGAUGGCAAAGUUGUUCAACUUUCUGACGAGGCUGAAGAAGUUGCGUCGUUUUAUGGAAAGAUGCUGGAUCACGAAUACACCACUAAAGAGUCCUUCAAUAAAAAUUUCUUCCACGACUGGCGGAAGGUUAUGACACCUGCUGAACGCGAACUCAUUACUGAUCUCAAAAAAUGUGAUUUCCGCCAAAUGGAUGUAUACUUUAAAGAACAGUCUGAGAUUCGUAAGGCUAUGAGCAAGGAAGAGAAACAAAAGAUCAAGGAAGCCAAAGAAGCUGAAGCGAAAAUAUACGGAGUUGCUAUAAUAGACGGUCAUAGACAAAAAAUUGGUAACUUCAGGAUAGAGCCACCUGGGCUUUUCCGUGGACGGGGUGGUCAUCCAAAAAUGGGUAUGUUAAAGAAGAGAAUACAGCCCGAAGAUGUUAUCAUCAAUUGCUCCAAAGAUAGCGAAAUACCAGUACCACCUGAAGGGCAUAAGUGGAAGGAGGUACGACAUGACAACACUGUUACGUGGUUGGUAUCAUGGACAGAGAAUGUACUUGGACAAAACAAAUAUAUUAUGUUGAAUCCAAGUAGUAAAAUGAAGGGUGAAAAAGAUUACGAAAAGUAUGAGACAGCACGACGGCUGAAAACCAGGAUCGACGAUAUACGGGCUGUGUACCAAGCCGAUUGGAAGUCGAAAGAAAUGCGUGUGCGACAAAGAGCUGUUGCGCUAUAUUUUAUUGACAAGUUAGCUCUUCGUGCUGGUAAUGAGAAAGACGUUGACGAGGCAGCUGAUACUGUGGGUUGCUGCUCCCUCCGAUGUGAGCAUAUAAAGCUGUAUGAAAAGCUUGAUGACAAAGAAUAUGUCGUAGAGUUUGAUUUCCUCGGUAAGGACUCUAUACGAUACUUCAACCAAGUGCCAGUAGAAAAAAGAGUGUUCAAAAAUCUACAACUAUUCAUGGACAAUAAGGACCCCGGCGAUGAUCUAUUCGACAGGCUUGAUACAGCUUCACUUAACGAACAUUUACGUUCACUCAUGGACGGCCUCACUGUGAAGGUGUUUCGUACAUACAACGCUUCCAUUACCCUGCAACAGCAAUUAGCCAAACUCACUAAAGCCGAUGAUAACGUCCAUCAAAAAAUGCUAUCGUACAAUAGAGCAAACCGUAUGGUUGCUAUACUGUGUAACCAUCAGCGUGCUGUUCCUAAGGGGCACGAAAAGGCAAUGGGAAAUUUGGAGCAAAAGAUCAAAGAUAAGAAGCAGGAAUUGAAAGAAGCUAAAGCAGAGAUGGAAAAAGCAAGAGGGACUGCGAAGGAGAAAGCCAAAAAAAAAGUAGACCGAUUAAAAGAGCAACUGAAGAAACUGAAAAUAGCUAGAACGGAUAGGGAUGAAAAUAAACAAAUCGCACUGUCGACUUCAAAGUUGAAUUAUCUCGAUCCUCGUAUUUCUAUUGCUUGGUGUAAGAAGUUUGACGUUCCCAUAGAGAAGGUUUUCAAUAAGACGUUGCGGGAGAAAUUCCGUUGGGCUAUCGACAUGACGAUGUCAUCAGAUGAAGAAUACAUUUUUUAA